AGCUUUGUGGCUUAUGACCCGCUUGGGUCGACUUUUGUAAGGCUUGAAGCAGCCCAGGAUGGCGCCCAUUCAGUACGAGGGUGAGGCAGGGCCUCGCACUCUGUACGACAAGAUUUGGGCAGACCACUUGGUAAACGAGGCGGAUGGUACAAGCCUCAUCUACAUAGAUCGGCAUUUGGUCCACGAGGUCACCAGCCCCCAAGCAUUUGAGGGCCUGCGCUUGAGCAGUAGAGAGGUGCGGCGCACAGACUGCACCCUGGCCACCGUUGACCACAACAUUCCGACAUCGAGCAGGAAAAACUUCAAGGACACCAAAAGUUUCAUUGAGGAAGCCGAUUCUCGCACCCAGGUUGUCACCCUGGAGCAGAAUGUACAAGAGUUUGGCCUUACAUAUUUCGGCAUGGACAACAAGAGACAGGGUAUUGUGCAUGUCAUUGGCCCUGAGCAGGGCUUCACGCUGCCGGGCACGACUGUUGUCUGUGGUGAUAGCCACACCUCAACUCACGGUGCAUUUGGAGCUCUUGCUUUCGGUAUUGGAACGUCAGAGGUUGAGCAUGUCCUCGCCACACAGACUCUGUUGAUGAACAAAGCAAAAAACAUGCGAAUAAAAGUGUCUGGAAAGCUUACUGAGGGAGUUACCUCCAAGGAUGUGAUUUUGCAUAUCAUUGGAAUCAUUGGCACUGCCGGUGGAACUGGAUGCGUGAUUGAGUUCUGUGGAGACGUAUUCGAGAGCAUGUCCAUGGAGGCCAGGAUGUCAGUUUGCAACAUGACGAUCGAAGCAGGCGCCAGGGCAGGAAUGGUUGCGCCUGAUGAUAUCACAUUCAACUAUCUCAAGGGCAGGCCGCUUUGCCCGAAGGGAAAGGAAUGGGACAAGGCUGUGCAGUACUGGAAAAGCCUGCGCACCGACAAGGGUGCCAAGUUCGACAAGGACAUUCACGUUGAUGCUGCUGACAUUGCACCAACGGUCACUUGGGGCACAAGCCCAGAAGAUGUCGUUCCGAUCACUGGUGUGGUACCAGAUCCAAAGGAGGCAACAGAUGAAACGAAGAGGACAGGAAUGCAGCGAGCACUUCAGUACAUGGGCCUGGAGCCUGGCACCAAGAUGACCGACAUUCCGGUCCAGAAGGUCUUCAUUGGCUCAUGUACCAACAGCAGAAUUGAAGAUAUGCGCAGUGUGGCCACUGUGGUGAAGGGCAAGAAGGUGGCUGCUGGCGUGGAUGCCAUGAUCGUGCCUGGCUCUGGCUUGGUGAAGCAGCAGGCGGAGGCUGAGGGCCUGGACAAGAUCUUUACCGAGGCUGGUUUCGACUGGAGGGAGCCUGGCUGCUCCAUGUGCCUCGGGAUGAACCCCGACCGCCUCAAGCCCCAGGAGCGCUGCGCAGCAACGUCCAACCGCAACUUUGAGGGACGACAGGGGCCGCAGGGCCGAACUCACCUGAUGAGCCCUGCAAUGGCAGCUGCAGCUGCUGUCACGGGGAAGCUCCAGGAUGUGCGAGAACUGACUUCUGCACAGGCCAAGGAUUCUGGAAGCAAAGUCCCGGAACCAACCAAGACGAUGGAUUUCUACUCCGAACCUGUGGAUUGGACUGCCCCCAAGGACGCAGUGGCCGAGACUAGUGUCACAACUUCAACAAGUGCUGGAAUGCCAAAGUUCACAAGCCUUGACGACGUGGUGGCCUGCCCGCUGAGAAAAGCGAAUGUGGACACCGACUGCAUCAUUCCGAAGCAAUUCCUGAAAACUAUUCAGAGAACUGGGUUGGGCAAAGCUGCAUUCUUCGAACUGCGCUAUGAGGAUGACGGGGUCACAGAGCGCAAGGACUUCAUUCUGAAUCAGGAGCCAUAUCGCACAGCAUCGGUGAUGAUAGCUGGCGACAAUUUUGGCUGCGGCUCCUCACGAGAACAUGCGCCUUGGGCGCUGAACGACCAGGGCAUCCGGUGUAUCAUCGCACCCAGUUUUGCAGACAUUUUCUUCAACAAUUGCUUCAAGAAUGGCAUGCUGCCCAUCGCGGUCACAAAGGACAUUGUGGAGGAGCUAUGGGUCCACGCAGAGGCGAAGAAAAAAGUGACUGUGGACCUGCUAACGCAAGAGAUUAGAAGAGAGGGCUGCGAGGCAGUAAAGUUUGAUGUUGAUCCAUUCCGAAAGCACUGUCUCCUGAAUGGCUUGGAUGAUAUUGGCCUUACUCUGCAGAAGGCCGAGCACAUCGACAACUUUGAGGCCAGGAGAAGCUCUAUGUUCCCUUGGCUUGAUGGUCCUAGAUACAGCAGGCUCAAAGCGGAAGUUCGCAUCAGUACAGCCAAGUCCUCCACCUUCUACACUCGCAUCGCAAAGGGCUUUUUGGCCGGGCUGCCAGCUUCUGACGAGCGCCCUGAGCGACCUCCAGCUGCACAGCUCAUUCUGUCCGCGACGGGCAAUGCCAUCGAGCGAGCAGUGCGAGUCGCACAAGAUCUCGAGGAAGAGGAUGAAGCUGAUAUGAUGAGGAUCCGGACACAGAUGGUUGACGGAUCGAACAGAGGCAGCGGUUCACAAGUACCUCAGAUCCUUAUUACUAUGAAGGCGCGGCCGAAGGCGCGAGCAGUAAUAGUUCCGAGCUCUACUGAAAAGGGAGGCCGCAAUGGCAAGACUACCGGCACCGACUGGUAGUCCAGGCAAUGACAGAGUGGAUUUGCGCCUUUGAAGGCUUCGCUGGUCUGACUCUGAUCCCGCGAUUUGGACCCCUCUGACACAGCAUCAGGCAUCAGGC